CAUUGUUUUUGUACUGCUUUGUAAGACGUGACCAGGGAAAAUCAGUGAACUUCUCCAUAAAACUGUUUUUUCUCUAAACUUACAGCUCAUUUGCUGCCAGUAGAGGCUGCCCAGGACCAUUUACCCUUAUACGUCGGGACCACGACAUGCAAAUGGACAGUGUCUCAUGUGGGGUCUACUACUGCAUCCUGUUCGCAGAGAUGAUCCUAGGGGGAGCAGAGGGCUACCUGCAGUGCCUCCCCAUUCCCCUGGAGCGAGACAGACUCGCAAAGUUGCUAUUGAGUACAUUAGGAGUACAAAUAGAAGGUCAGUCUGUCCUAGAGGAGGAGGAGGAGGCAGCAGGAGUGGGAGCGAGCGAGGAGGAGGCAGAAGAGGAAGAGGAGGAGGAGGCAGCAGGAGUGGGAGCGAGCGAGGAGGAGGCAGAAGAGGAGGUGGAGCAGGCAGCAGGAGUGGGAGCAAAUGAGGGGGAGGCAGAAGAGGAGGAGGAGGAGGCAGCAGGAGUGGGAGCAAAUGAGGGGGAGGCAGAAGAGGAGGAGGAGGAGGCAGCAGGAGUGGGAGCAAAUGAGGGGGACGCAGAAGAGGAGGAGGAGGAGGCAGGUGCAGAUGCAUAGGACGGAGCCACUGCGCCUCAGCCUCUCGUUCCACCCGGUGAGAUAGCUUGAAGCACA